GUGUAUCUGAGGAGGAGGUGGGAAAAUGUGCGACCGACCGAAAGUUCCGCCCAUACCUGAACAGUGCCACUGUCUCAAAGCUGAUGGAGCCUUAGACAGCCGUCUCGAGAUGUAGAGAGAUAAUGUCUCGUCUCGUCUCGUCUGGUGUGUCCAAUCCUGCUCUCUCUUGCAUGAGCUGAACGAACACUCGCAAUGUAUGUGAGCAGUGCCAUUAAGGGAAAAGCGCAAUGGCCGUGACAGGCCGGCUGCUCACUUACCCCGCCCUCCCCCCUCAAGCCAAGUGGAUGCCAUUUCCAUGAACCUAAGUAACGGACUUUAGUAGUGACCAGUCCUGAGAUCUCUCUCUCCCUCACUCACUACAGUUGUACGUACUCUUUCCAAUCCCUCUAUUUCUCUCUCUAACAAAUCUGUCCAUCCACAGCCGGCGAGCCAGCGAGCCAGAUUGUAAGCGGGAAAAAUACAUCGAGUACUUCAUUCGUCCUUCCUUCCGUCUCGCUUACAGCUCUGAGCUGUGUCGAGAGAAUACGAAACCCAGUAGCCUAGAGCAGGAGGACUACGUAAGCUUCGGCUGGCUGGGGUAGAAUCAGAGUGCAACGUCGUCUACAGGCCUGAAAGGUGGAACCUGAAGGACGAGAGCAUACACUUGGAGCGUAGGAAGUGGCACUGCGUCGGACUUGGAAGGGAGGUCGCGUAGUGAAGACACAGUUGCAAAAGCGAUCCACGUAAUCGUGAAGGACCUUGAAUCUGGCGAGAUUUCUUGACUUUUUCUCUGGCAAGGGAAGGAGGUGGAUGUAUGUACAGUGGUCCCAUCACAGCCAACCACCCACUCAGUCACAUGAAUAUACGAGUGGGGGGGACCUCAUGAUGGGCACGAGAGGAGAGUACUUUCUUUCGGCCAUGGACGACUCCUUGAAUCCAAACUGUUCUGCUGGACAGUGGACAAAUUCAAGAGUGUCACUUCAUCUGUCAAUCGCAUGAACUGUCCAAACAUGUGACUUCAGUACUAGACACAACAUUGUGUCACUGCAUAUGGCAUGGCUUGUCACGGGGCUGCCUAUCCAGGUUGGUCUGCCUCCUCGUAGUAUGCAGCGGAUGGCAUGGCAUGGCUUGCGACGGCAGCUAUCCAGCUACAUAGGUAGCCUCUUCCAGGGGCAGCCCAGGCAGCAGACUCAGGGACUUUUAACGACAACUGUAGACAUGACGAAAACGGUUGGGUGUUUUGAAGCAGAUCAGAAUUAAACCCCUCUACAUCAUCAAUGAUCCAGCCGACACUAGAUUCAGCUGCAGUGAGCUCUGCCCUAUGACAGUGGGCUCAUAGCAAUGCCUCCCUCAUGGACUCCGAGCCUUGAUGCACGCAUUUCUGCCCUUUUCAUCUAGAUAGCGCUACCGCUACCGCGAUGCUCUAUGUGGCUCCACAUUAGCCUGAUCUGAGACGAUGACGACUUCGAUACCCUUGGACAUGACAUCAAGCUGCUUUGAAUUUAUCGUUGACAGGUGCUGGUGGCUUCAGUAAAUUUAUCGUUGCCGAGAUGUAUCUCUGGUGCUGAUGCUCGAAGUGUAUCCCAGUGUUUCACCUUUCGACAACAAUGGAUCUUGGGUGCCUGAAAUUCUAUGUUGUUCAGAUACAGAACCAAGUUGCUCGCUAGUUCGAUGCCUGACCAGCCGGAGUCCGAGUGCCAGAUCCCCAACCAUAGCAACCUUCCUUCCCAUGGCGAAAAUUGGUAUUGAUUUCGAUCGGCUGGUCGCGGAAGACUUAAGCACUAGUAGUCCGAAUCAGAUUGACCGGUUUGCUGUUAAGAACCUCUAAUUGGACUUUCUUCGACUAAUCAAUAAGGAUUUGCGCAAAGUGGGCUCAAAUUAGGACGUGAAAAGGAGCACUUGUCGGCUGUCUCGUUGCGUAAUAUGAGCGUGGCUCAUCUGUGGCGAAAUUCGAAAGUCUAAUGCUUUCGUAGGUAGAGGUUGUAUAGUCCAAAUUUCAGAGAUUUCCAGUGAACAUGUGAACUUGACGUGAACGAGUGAAGAUUAGAUUCGGAAAUCUCAGAAGGCUGAAACGCUAGCCGAUAUCAAACCAAACCCUUCAUUCUCUUCUCCUCAUUGGAUCAGACACGAACACUCUGAGCCCGCUUGAGAUUGGCUUUUAGGGGCUCGAGAUGGAAAGGAAGCACACUGUGGUCAGAAGAUGCAGAAGCUCGGAGUUUUCGAUGAUGUCAUGUAAAAAUUGAUGGACUAGAACUAAUCACCAUACUUUGACCAUUCUCGACGAAUUCCCUUUCUGAAUGCGU